AUGUUUAGCUUAGACGCGCCGCUGGCACCGGCUAUCGAGGCGUUUGUAGACCCAGAGAAGGACGAUGCUACACAGAAGACGGGUCUUAAUACUGUUAUAAUGCAGGUUCAUCGUCAUGUGAGUAUGGAGGCAUUGAUUCAGGCUCUAGGCGUCCAUCUCACCAGCAAUGACGACAAGGUGCGUUCUCGAGCCACUCUACUGCUGUCCGAGGUACUCACGCGCCUCCCAGAGCUGCAGCUAAUGUCCAGUGCCGUGCAAUUGCUCCUGACUUUCUUUGCUGACCGUUUGGCCGACUUUCCUAGCGCCUCUGCUUGUCUGCGCGCGCUGCUGGCGCUUGAGACGCACCACGCGGCCCAAAUCUCGUCCCCCCGUGUCACCGUCAUGCUUAUAUUGAAUCUGGGAAACACUCUGCAUAUCCCGCAGCUGGGUCAAGCUAUGCGCAAGAUGUGCUUUGAUCUCAUGCAGCUUGCGCUGGCGCAGUCGACAGUUGUGGAGCUGCUGCUGGACUCGGUCCCGGCUAAUGGAGACGUUCAAGAUGCCAGUGUGAACGACACAGAGGAGAGUAAAGAUCUCGGUAGAGAGUUUGCACAGACCUUUUUGAGUGCUAUGGAGGGAGAGAAGGACCCGCGUAACCUGCUGCUGUGCAUGCAGGUGGCGCGUAUGCUGCUGUGCAAGUUGGAGCCGGUGUUCUCCCAUAGUGAUGUAUUGCUGCAGCAAUAUUUUGAUACCGUAUCCUGCUACUUCCCCAUUAUCUUCACGCCGCCGCCAAACGAUCCAUAUGGAAUCACAUCAGAAGAACUUAUUCUGUCGCUGCGCCAUGCGUUUGCGGCAUCGGACUUGUUAGCUCCGCUGGUGCUUCCGUUCUUACUGAAGAAAUUGGCAUCUACAGUAGUCGAGGCGAAGUUAGAUGCUUUGCAAACACUGGUCUUUUGCGGAGAACGAUACUCGGUGAAUGCGCUACUACUGCAAAUGCAUGCCGUGGCUACGGCGCUGUAUGAUGAAGUGCUGGACGGUGAGAAGCAGGAAGUUAUCAUUGAAGCUCGUCAGGCGAUCUCGCGGUUUUCUGGAGUUGUUGCGCGUGCCAAAGCGCAAGACACGCCGGGUGCAGUAUACGCAUGGAGCAAAUUUGUGGUGGACAUGACUGCACGUGCUGCGGAUGAACUGCGUGAACAUGCUGCAGACUCGAUGGUGAGCGUGUCAGCUGGACAGGUAUUGGCGGCAUUAGGACAUGAGUCAGCGAUGAGUUUUGCCCAUGUGCUUAAAGUCGCGGUACCCCUGUUGGUGGAGCAGCUCCAUAACGAGUGUUCAGGAAGCGAGAGUACUCCUUCAAAAUGUGAAUCUGCGCUGGCGCGGAUUCUGCUUCUUGUAAACACGACCGACCGGGAGAUUGAUCAAAGUGGCCAAACGCAACCCAUGCGCCCCCAUGCACCAGCGCUCAUUGACGUGCUAGUAAACUUCCUUAGCAUUGAUCAGGACACUCAUAUGGACCGUAGCAGUAGCGCAACUGCACGCUGCAUAGCAGUGGAAGCGCUGUGCCAUCUUCUCACUUUGCCACCAUCACCCAUCGUGGCGCCUGCACAGGUUAAGGCAAUUAUUAACCUGUUUACCCGCCUGCUGCUUCUUGACCCUGCAAUGGAGGUGCGAGGUGCCUGCUUACAGAGUCUGAAGGAGAUCUCCACCGUGUCUACAACGUCGGUGUUUACAAUGAGCGGUGAAGAGGGUCCCGGCACUAGCGGCUAUGCUUCGUUUGUGGUCGAGAUAUCACUGGCAAGACUUAUGGCUGCAAUCAACCACGGAAGCGACCAUGAAGAUGAUGAUGACGAAGAAGAUACAGGAGUUUCUGCAGUUCUGACGGCUUCGAACCGCACGUUUGAUUCGUUUUUCGAGGAGGCAUUAUUGGCUAUCACUGAACUUUGCCGCGAGUCAUCUAUUUUCCAGGCUACCAUCUUUCUUCUCAUCGAUAUGUGUGUGGAGAAGGGUGGUGAUAAACAAAGUGACAUUAGAUUUUGUGAAACAGACGGUGACACUGCUCGCCAGCGUCAUGUGGACUGUCUCCUAGACGCAGUGGCCAAGAUUGUAGAGAUUAAUGCUGCCGACCGCACCAGUAUGGAGUUUUGUGUUCAGACAUCUUCGAUGGAUUCCAUCAUCUUUAGGUUGCUCACUGCAAUGGAGACGUCUGCAGCUCGUGCAGGUGCUCUUGUGAGUGGCGAGCAACCUGGUCUUGUGGAUGAUGCAAAACUUGCUGCUUGUGUUCGAAUCUUCCGCGCAGUAACGCAGAAUGUGUCUCCAGCCACACAACAGCGGCUGAUUGACGCCGUGGUGCCAGCGUUUUUGCGCACAUGUACCUCAGAACCUGCUAGUCUGCAGCUCGUACCACUUUUUGCUGCAGUUAUUAAUUCAGCCGCUCGUGAUGUGACACUACCGGAUACAUCGUUGGUCAUUAACAGACUACUUGAAAUUGCGCAGUCUGAUACGACUAUAGUGCGUGAGACUUCAUCUCGCCGGCUUGAAGUUGUGUGUACCGAAGCUGCGCUCUCGGCGGCUAGAUCGUUGGCCUCUAUUGUGAACAAAAUGCAGGACGGCGCUGAGCUCGAUGCUCUUAUCGACAUGCUGCUCUCCAAGAAGCUUGCAGUAGUAAUCUGUAAUUCCACCGAGAAUUUUGCCGUGCGGGUGUCAGCGCUGCAAAUAUAUGCCUGGAUUGCGAAGGCAUUAGUCAUUCGAGGUCACAAGGUUCAUGCACCGGUGUGUCUGCGCUUCCUAUGCAAGUUCCUCAUGCCGGGGAGCCAAAACGAUGACGUAAACGUUAGCAUGGAACAGGAAGACUCUGCCUUGCGUAAGGAAGUUGCCAAGACCUUUCAUGUGCUAGUUUCGGAAUACCCGGACGUGCUGAACCGCAAAUGUGGUGCUUUUAUCACGUUUCUCUACAGGCAACGAAUGUUUGACCAGGUGUUCCCGUUAUUGCUCGAGUUCAUUCGUGCCCACAUUGGCGAGGAGAUUAGCGUGGCAGCACUGAUAGCGUUCGCGCUAGUGAUCGCACACUCACCGAAAGCCGUCUACCAACCUCAUUUAGCUCAGAUUUUCCCGCUUAUGCUGCAAGCUCUUAACACGGACGACCGUGAACUGGGUAGCGCUGCUAUCCAGACAUUCAAACCGCUGCUUCUAGAUUCGGUAGAGAGCGCCAAGCCGUUCCUCAAGGACGUGUUCCCGGGACUGCUGAAGCAAGCGCAGUUUGGAUCUAAUGCUAAGGACAGAUAUGCAGCACUCGAGUGUCUUGCGAAAUUGGCCACAAUCCCCUACGAACUUGUGCACCCGUACAAAGACACUGUGUUGCGGAAACUCUUGCUUGUGUUGGACGACCGCAAACGUCUCGUUCGUCACAUGGCUGUUCGUGUGCGUAACCGAUGGAGUAUUUUGUAG